UACAAACAUUUCAAUAAAGCAAGUUCAUCCGGAGAUUUAUCUAUCAGAAUCUUUUCUCAAUAAAUCUGAUAAGCAAAAGCUUAAUCUUUCAUUUCUUCUUCUUCUUCAUUCUUCUUCUUGUCCGCAUGUAUGGAAUCAAGUUUCUGAACAUGGUGAAGAAGGCAUUUCCUUGUCUUUCUUCUCCAUCUUCUUUCUACUCCACUUCUCCUUCUUCUUCUGAUUCUCCAAUUCAAGCUUUGUUUGAUCUCACUGUAAGCACUUUCACGCCUUCAACCUCUCCUACCUCUCCUCAAUCAAUUCAAAAGCUCUCUUCUGUCUUAGAUAAUAUUGUUCCUGCUGAUGUUGGACUUCAAGAAGAAAGUGAAGAGGAUGAUAGAGGUCAUGGAUUUUUUGGAUUCAAUCAAUUAAAUCGUGUGGCUCGAUGGGCUCAACCGCUUACUUACAUUGACAUUCAUGAAAGCGACAGUUUUACAAUGUGCAUAUUUUGCUUUCCUACUUCUUCUGUUAUCCCACUACAUGAUCAUCCUGGAAUGACUGUGUUAAGCAAAGUUCUAUAUGGGACCAUGCAUGUAAAAGCUUAUGAUUGGGUUGAGCCUGCUUUCGUCCGAAGGAAUUUGGGACCGAAUCAUUCUGAAGUAAGAUUGGCGAAACUGAGUGUGGAUAAAGUGUUAACUGCUCCAUGCGAGACAUCGGUUCUAUACCCUAACAGUGGGGGGAAUGUACAUUGCUUCACCGCAGUCACCCCUUGUGCUGUAAUCGACAUUCUUGCCCCUCCUUAUAAUGAAGUGGCUGGAAGAAAAUGCUCUUAUUAUCGUGACCAUCCUUACUCCACCUCCUCUUUUGGAAAAUCUAUUAAGCAAAUUGAAGGGAAGGAAGAUGAAUAUGCUUGGCUUGAAACUAUAGGAACGCCAGAUGAUCUGUAUAUGCGCCACGGAGAAUACAAAGGCCCUGAUAUUGUUGUUCAUGGCUAAAAGGCCGUGUAACCAGAUUUGAGGGAGUGAAUUCAAGUGGUAUAACGAUCAUUGUCAAUUUGUAGUCUUACCUGUGAUUCUACGAUGAUGUUUUUAUUGGCGGUGGUUAUUGUCUAAAGCGGUGAAUCAUAAAUACUUACUUUAUAAACUAAGUCAAUAACCUUU